UGGGAAAUUCAAAAUACGAAGUAUGUGCUUUGCUUAAUUGGAGAAACGAACGAUAUUAAAAAAACGAGGAAAACGAACGCGGGAAGAUGAAUGACACUCACUGCAUACCUUCCAGAAAAACCCUAACUCAAAAUUUGAAUCUCUACGGCCAUGGAUGUUAGACGGAGGAGCGCGAGAGUCCAGCAGCUGAAGAAAGAAGCUGCCCCUAGAAUGGGAGUUUGUCAGGAGGAGAUUGAAGGCGAAAGAGACGCGGGCGUUUACAAGAGGAGAAAAACGAACGAGGCUUCUAAAGCCAAAGCAAAGCUUCCGAAAGUCUCCCAAGCUGCUUCCUCCGGCAGCUCUUGCGAGAAGUUAGUAGCCAUCGACAGUGAGAAGCCCCCUUCUCUGAAGUUGACAGAAAAGAUUAGACUCUUCAACAAGUACUACUUGCUUGGUGUGCAGGAGGAAGAAUCAAGAGUUAAGGUGUUGGAAGCAGCAAAGAUAAGUCGUGCUGCGCGAGAUGAUGUCUAUAAAAGACCUUCAAAGCGACCAGAUUUAAAAGCAGUUUCUAAGAUGAGACAGAAUAAAGAGCUACUUCAAACUACAAAAGCAAUCGGUGACAUACCAGGGAUUGAAGUUGGACAUCAAUUUUUCUCUCGAUGUGAAAUGGUUGUUAUUGGAUUCCAUACCCAUUGGCUCAAUGGCAUUGAUUACAUUGGGCAAACAAAACAAAAGGAGUUUGAAGGAUACAAAAUGCCUCUUGCAACAGCUAUUGUAUUAUCAGGCCAGUAUGAGGAUGACCAGGACAACUAUGAAGAAGUUGUCUACACGGGUCAAGGUGGGAAUGAUUUAUUGGGGAAAAAAUGUCAAAUUAAAGACCAAGUAAUGCAAAGGGGUAACCUGGGCCUCAAGAACUGCAUGGAACAAUCUGUGCCUGUUCGAUUUGUACGUGGACAUCGAUGUCAGAGUAGUUAUGUGGGAAAGGUUUACACCUAUGAUGGUUUGUACAAGGUUGUUAAUUAUUGGGCUGAAAAAGGCAUUUCAGGAUUUACUGUCUUCAAGUUUCGCCUUAAACGUCUUGAAGGGCAACCUCCAUUGACUACAAACCAGGUUCAUUUCGUUCGAGGUUGCAUUCCAAAUUCUGUCUCUGACAUACGAGGGUUGGUAUGUGAGGAUAUAUCUGGUGGCCUAGAGGACAUCCGGAUUCCAGCCACUAAUCUGGUUGAUGAUGAACCAAUUCCACCUCCAGGCUUCACUUAUAUCAAGAAGUUGAAAUGGCCAAAAGAUAUAGCAGUGCCUCCAAAUGGACCUGGUUGCAAUUGCAAGGGCUCAUGUUUUGACCCCAAAACAUGUACUUGUGCAAGACUUAACGGAUUUGAUUUUCCAUAUGUAGCCAAACAUGGUGGCAGGCUCAUAGAACCAAAAGCAGUUGUUUUUGAGUGUGGUCCAAAUUGUGGUUGUGGAUCUGGAUGUGUCAAUCGGAUCUCUCAAUUAGGAAUUAGGUUUCGGCUUGAGGUUUUUCGUACUCCCAAUAAAGGUUGGGGUGUAAGAUCAUGGGAUUAUAUACCUUCUGGUGCUCCCAUUUGUGAGUAUGUUGGGAGACUAAUGAAGACUGAUCAAGUAGAUCCCUCUGCUGAUACAAAUUACGUCUUCGACAUUGACUGCUUGCAAACAAUGAACGGCUUGGAUGGAAGAGAGAGGCGGUUGAGAGAUGUUUCAUUGCCUGACUAUUUGUCUAAAGGAGAUGAGAAGGCUUCCGAUAGUAGUGCACCAGAGUUCUGCAUUGAUGGACUUUCUUGUGGCAACGUCUCGAGGUUUAUCAACCACAGUUGCCAACCCAAUCUCUUUGUACAAUGUGUGCUAAGCAACCACCACGACAUCAAGCUUGCACGUGUGGUGCUAAUGGCUGCUGAUAACAUCCCCCCGCUGCAGGAGCUCUCUUAUGAUUAUGGGUAUGCUGUAGAUAGCGUCUUGGGUGCCGAUGGACAGAUAAAGAAGCUGGCCUGUUAUUGUGGUGCUGAAAAAUGCCGAAAGCGCCUGUACUAGGAGGAUAUAACAAUUGUCCGCCAAGGAAAGUUUUUAGAAAACAAUUGCACAUAGCACUUGAACAACCUUUGAAAAACCGCGACAGGAAGGUUAUCUUUUCCAUCAAUAACAAAAUUGCAAUUCACUCUUAGGGCUAGAAUUUUGUAAAGCUCUUAAAUAUAUCCCUAGUUUUUUGUAGUGGUCUUGCAUUGAUCCAUGGAGCAUUUUAUGGGAACAAUACAUCACCUUAUAUGCAAAGUCCCUUGUAAUGACUACUCUGUAUGCUCUUUUUACGGUCUCCAUGAUCUCUUUAGCUGGCCAGUGAGGUCUUGAUUUAUAAACAACAAGAAAUUGUUUUGCAACCCAUGUAGAAUUUUAUUGUUU